AUGGAUUAUGAUGAUUUAUUUCGUUUGUUGCCAAAACCCCCUAAAAAAUGGAGUACCUAGGAAGUGCUAGUCUGGCUAAAAUAUAUUGGAUAUAGUUAAUUGGAUUCUUAUUUUGGUACUAAUGUAAAUUAAAUUAUAGUAAAUGAAUGCGUUGAUGGCUCAUGUUUAGAGAUAUUAACAGAUCAAGAUCUAUUGGACAUAGGUAUCACUUCUGCAUUAUAAAGAAAGAAACUUUUGCAAUGGAUUCAAAUUGGUUUGAGAGAAUUUACAAAUUAUUGUAAAUCUCAUGCAAGAAAUGAUGUUGCUCCACAAAUGGUUUAAACAUUUAUGGAAGUUCAAUAAAUUUCAUCGCCAAGGGUUGAAAUUCCAUAACAAGAUAGAAUUCCUUUGAAAGUGAUUCAAGAUAGAAUAUUAUAAUCGAGACAUGAAUAUGACGCUGAUAUAGAGGAAAGAACAACACUGGGAUAGAUCCCUAUUGAACCUCUUCCAUCACCUGGAGGAAGACAGAAACAAUAAUUUAUCUUACCUGCUCCAAAAUCUCUCUAGAAAAUAACCGAAGAAGACUUAGCAAAAUAAGUCUAAUAAAGCAAUAAAAAAAAUAUAUUUGCUGAAUUGUAGAAGUAAUAAAUUUAAAAGCCAAUUAUAUUGAGUCCUUAGAAAUAACAACAAUUACAAGAAUCUGAUUAUCAUUUACCCUAAUUUGGCACUCCUAAAUUUGAUAAACAAGAAAAGAAGGACCAUCAGGAAAUUCAAUAAAAUAAUUCACAAUAAUUAUUUCAAAUAUAGUCACCUAAGACACAAAACAAUUAGUUAAAUAUUAAAAUUAAGAAAGAAGGAAUACCUACCUAAAAAAAGAUAAUAACUAAGAAUGCUACUAUUGGAAGAAAUCCAGAAAAUGAUAUUCAAUUAAACCAUGAAUCUGUGAGUAGGACUCAUGUUUGGCUCACUUUUAAAGAAAAAUAAUUUUAUUUAUAAGAUAGAGGGAGUUUAAUAGGAACAUUUAUUCUCUUAGAAACUAAAACUCAAAUCCUGCAAGGCUAUAUCAUCUAAAUGGGGGCAACUGAAGUAGUUAUACAAAGUCUUCAAAAGAGUGGUCAAUAGUGCAAUAUUGUAUUGGCUUCAUAGAUGGGAUCUGUUUAAUUCACCUUGUCAAUUGGAAAAUCAAAAAUGAUAGGAUCCUAAACGUUUGGGGAUUAAGCAAUGGCAUAUGAUCAUGCAUUGUUAGAAUUCACUAGUGAAGGACUGAGUAUUGAGGAUCAGAAAACUUCUAGUGGGACUUGGAUGAGGUUAAGCAAAUCUGGUGUUUAAUCUCAAAGUGUACUAUUAUGUAGAAGAAGAGUCAUAAAAAUAGCAGAAUACAUUCUUAUAAUUGAACCAGAAUGA